AAGCAAGUGGGGUCAUAACUAGAACCUAGUAACUACAUAAGGGUGUAAAUAAUAAUUUUAUAUUAUUCCAUCUUCUUAAAACCAAAUCUCCCAAUUUUUCCAUAAUUCAACCCAUUACAGACGACAGUAACCGUUCAUCCGCCGGAUCUCCGCCCACUUCCGUCGCCGGAGCACUCAAUUGAGCGGUUUACGCAAACACUUGCAUUUGAUCCAGUAGCUGUUCAAUCUGAAUACUCGACAUAAUGGUUGUUCUAGCAGCUUCCAUUACCAGUAAAUCUGGAAAAGCACUUGUUUCAAGGCAGUUUGUCGAAAUGUCCCGAAUCAGAAUCGAGGGGCUUCUGGCAGCUUUUCCCAAAUUGAUUGGAAGUGGGAAACAGCAUACCUAUGUUGAGACUGAAAAUGUGCGCUAUGUGUACCAGCCAAUGGAGGGUGUAUAUCUGCUGCUUGUGACUAACAAGCAAAGCAAUAUCCUUGAGGAUCUUGAUACACUGAGGCUUCUCUCUAAAGUCGUCCCUGAGUAUUCUGCUUCUUUAGAUGAAGAAGGUAUUUGCAAGAACGCAUUUGAGCUGAUUUUUGCUUUCGACGAAGUGAUUUCUCUCGGACACAAGGAGAACGUGACUGUUGCACAAGUCCGGCAAUACUGUGAGAUGGAGAGUCACGAAGAGAGAUUGCACAAAUUGGUAUUGCAAAGCAAGAUCAAUGAAACCAAGGAUGUAAUGAAGCGUAAAGCUAACGAGAUUGAUAAAAGCAAGAUCGAGAGGGGCAAAUUGGAAAAAGGUGGCUAUUCAGCUCUUCAAUCAAUGAGUUCAAUGGGAAGAAUGGAUAGUGGUUUUAGCAAUGAUAUGGGUAUAUCGAGUGGUAAUACCUUUGGAAGUGGUUCUGGAUUCGGAAUAACCUCUGAAGUGGACUCCUUCUCAACCAAGUCUAAAGGUCGUCCAUCUGCGGCGGUUACUGCUCCAGCGAAAGGAAUGGGUAUGAAGCUCGGCAAAUCACAAAGGGCGAACCAGUUCUUGGAAUCACUGAAAGCCGAAGGUGAAGUUAUUGUUGAGGACGUAAGACCAAGCAAAGCUGCUGCUGCUCCACCACCAACUGAUCCCGUCACUUUGACGGUUGAAGAGAAGAUUAAUGUGGCACUUAAGAGAGACGGUGGUCUCGCCAACUUCGAUGUGCAGGGAACUUUGUCUCUCCAAGUACUUAACCAGGAUGAUGGUUUUAUCCAAGUUCAGAUUGAAAGUGCUGGUAAUCCAGAGAUCAAAUUCAAGACACAUCCUAACAUCAACAAAGAGUUGUUCUCCAGUGAAAAUAUUCUAGGAUCCAAAGACCCUAACAGGCCAUUUCCCGCUGGCCAGUCUGGUGACGGUCUUGGUCUCCUCAAGUGGAGAAUGCAAAGUAAAGAUGAGUCAGCUGUGCCAUUGACUAUUAACUGCUGGCCUUCCGUUUCUGGAAAUGAAACCUAUGUUAGCAUAGAAUAUGAAGCUUCGUCAAUGUUUGAUUUACAAAAUGUGGUUAUUUCUGUUCCUCUUCCCGCUCUUAGAGAGGCACCAAAUGUUAGACAGGUCGAUGGGGAAUGGAGGUUUGAUUCUAGAAAUUCGAUACUAGAGUGGUCUAUACUUCUCAUUGAUAACUCCAACCGCAGUGGCUCGAUGGAGUUUGUUGUUCCUCCAGCCGAUACCUCGGUCUUCUUCCCCAUUUCUGUGCGGUUUUCAGCAACUAGUACUUUCAGUGACAUGAAGGUUGCAAGCAUUGUCCCGCUAAAGGGUGGAGCUCCUCCCAAGUUUUCUCAGAGGACUCAACUAGUAACCGAGAGUUACCAAGUCAUGUGAUCCAUGUUUUUGUCAUUCAGAGUGAAUCUACCAGUCCUUGGCUUCUGAAUUUUAUCUACAUAGACACGCUUUUUGUUCGCUUUUAAUCAUCAUAUGAUAAUAUAUAUUUUCGAAUUUUAAUCAAGUGAUCCAAAACAUACUACUGAUUCAAAUUUUGUUAAUUGUUUUUUGUUACUAAA